CAACAGAAAUUAGCAACAAUUAUAAAUCGAAUUGCUGCAUUGGAUUUGGAUCGAUUGAGUGAACAAGAAAUUGUUGAUAUAUUAAUUGAAUCGAUCAUACAAAUGAAUCAAAUUAAAGAACAAUGGGGUCGUCUUAUUCAAUUCUUCUCGAAAUUAUCCGUUCAAGCUGAUAGUACACAACAGAUCGUCAUUCAUGAAUUUGUCGCUGCUAUUAAAGAAGCUCAAGCUAAUAAUUUACUUCUUGAUCCAAGCGAUCGAGAAUUGUUUGUAGAAUUAUUGACCAUAACUAGUCAAGAGAUUGAACGAGGUGCUCAUUUACUCUAUGUUAUGUCUAAAACGUAUUUUGAUGUUUCAUCAGAAUAUAUGAUUGGUCAAAUAACAGCGUCUGGUAAUCUAAUUCUACUGCAAACUGAUACAGAACGAUCGACUUAUCUUCGUUCACUCUCUCAAAAUACCACGUCUACAUCAAUAAGAGUAACAAGUCUAGCCCAAGAACGACAUCAGGAAUAUACCACACGCAAUCGGGCUCGUCGUGCUGAAUACGAACGGUUUUUGACUCAAUUGGCAUUAGAAGAUUUGGAAGGAAACGUUGGUUGA